CCUUCUGUCCGGGUUGGCCAAGACUUGGAAGAGAAGUGGAGGUGGGAGGGAGCGAUGUUGCGAAAGUCACCUAAAAAUUGGGGCGGGGAGAGGAGCUUACAAUUAGGAGGGCGAGGAAGCUGCAAAAGUUGUAGGAGGAAGGUUGCGAGGUCCGGUGGGUGCGCCCUAUCCCAGAGGGAAGGGACAAGUGCCACGGCAGAUUCUGGAAGAUGCUAGACAAAAAUAUGGAACUAGUUUUCCUAACAGUGGUUAUAAGCCUAGGUUGCGUUGCUCUUUUGUUAUUCCUUCAGUGGAAGAACUUGCAGGGACCCCCGUGCAUAAGGGGCUGGAUUCCUUGGAUUGGAGCUGGAUUUGAAUUUGGAAAAGCCCCGCUAGAAUUUAUAGAGAAAGCAAGAAUCAAGUAUGGACCAAUAUUUACCGUCUUUGCUAUGGGAAUUCGAAUGACCUUUGUUACUGAAGAAGAGGGAAUUAAUGUGUUUCUCAAAUCCAAAGAAGUAAAUUUUGAACUAGCUGUGCAAAAUCCCGUCUAUCGUACAGCAUCAAUUCCAAAGAAUAUCUUUUUAGCACUGCAUGAAAAACUUUAUAUCACAAUGAAAGGGAAACUAGGUACUACCAACCUACGUCAAUUCACUGGACAACUGACUGAAGAAUUACAUGAACAACUGGACCAUUUAGGCACUCAUGGGACAAUGGACCUGAACAACUUAGUAAGGCAUCUCCUUUAUCCAGUCAGUGUGAAUAUGCUCUUUAAAAAAGGUUUGUUUCCCACAAACAAGAGGAAAACCAUGGAGUUUUAUCAGAAUUUUGAAGCUUAUGAUGAAGGUUUUGAGCAUGGGUCCCAGAUGCCAGAAUUUCUCCUGAGAAACUGGUCAAAAUCCAAAAGUUGGCUUCUAGCAUUUUUUGAGAAAAACAUUCCAGAUAUAAAAGCAUACAAAUCUGAAAAAGAUAAUUCCAUGACAUUAAUGCAGGCUUUGCUGGACAUCAUAGAGAUAGAAACAAAUGAGAAAAGUCCAAAUUAUGGGCUUCUACUACUUUGGGCUUCUUUGUCCAAUGCUGUUCCUGUUGCAUUUUGGACACUUGGAUUUGUCCUCUCUCAUCCCAGUAUCCACAGGACCAUUAUGGAAGGCAUAUCAUCUGUUUUUGGCACAGCAGGUAAAGAUAAGAUUAAAGUGUCUGAGGAUGACUUGAAGAAACUCCCUCUAAUUAAAUGGUGUAUUUUGGAAACCAUUCGUUUAAGAGCCCCUGGUGCCAUUACUAGAAAAGUGCUGAAACCAGUUAAAAUUUUGAAUUACACUGUACCUUCUGGUGACUUGUUGAUGUUGUCUCCAUUUUGGCUACAUAGAAAUCCAAAGUAUUUUCCUGAACCUGAAUUGUUCAAACCCGAACGUUGGAAAAAGGCAAAUUUAGAGAAGCAUGCUUUCUUGGACAGCUUCAUGGCAUUUGGAAGCGGGAAGUACCAGUGUCCUGGAAGGUGGCUCGCUCUGUUAGAGAUUGAGAUAUGUAUCAUUUUAUUCUUUUAUUAUUAUGACUGUAGUCUUCUAGACCCAUUGCCAAAACAGAGUUCUCUCCAUUUGCUGGGUGUCCAGCAGCCAGAAGGACAAUGCCAAAUUGAAUAUAAACGAAGAAAAUGACAUCUUCCGGGGCUAAGGAGGGCGGGCAUUCUGAAGGACGAACUGCCCCUCAUCCACUGGCCCAGCAGUACCCAGACCUGAGCUCAACAAAAACAUGCUGCUGUCCCUUGUUUUAGUAUUUAGUUCAAGAAAAUGUCCAAAUGGCACCUGUGUCUGAGAUCGCAAGAGUAGACCGAGAAACUGACAUCUCUCUCACUGAUACAGAGACCUGAAUACAUGGUUUAUAGAAAAUGUUUAAAUGAUCAAGAAGAAGAGGCAUUUCUAAAGAAGUUGGAAUUUGGUUCAUGCAAAACUGUAUUAAAACUGUAAAUAGAAAUCAUGUCAUUUGAAUGAAAAUGUUAGUCCAUUAAUUUACUGUGAAGGCAACAUACUUAACUUUCUGUUUUGAAAAAGGCUAUACUAAAAACAAAAUAUUAAAUAAUGAUUUCUGGAAAGUCUAUUUUUCUUAAUAUUUACUAACAAUUGGAACUCUAUUAAUAUAAUUCUUUACUGUAAACAACUCCAUUAAUAUAAUUCUUUACUGUAAACAUGUCUAAUGCUAAAAGUAUGAAUAAAAUAUGAGCUUUCUAAGACCUAUGAAGACAGGGA